ACUUAUUACUUUUGUAAUAUUUUUAUUACGUUUGUUUUCAUCCAUGAACCAUUUAGAUAAGUUUUACUUAUUUGGAAAGCCCCUAUCGUCUGUUCGCUCCCUGGAAUAUGUAAAUGAUAGCCCGACGAUGGAAGCGAUCUUACAACAUGAAUGUAGAGAAGAAGAUGAUUUCUACAAAAUUCUUAAUUGUAGCGAGCAUUCGUCGACAGAACAGAUAAAUACAGAGUACAAGAUCCUUGCAUUGGAAUGUCAUCCUGAUAAAAAUCCUAAUGAUCGUGCUGCAGAAGAAAAAUUUGCACGAAUUCAAAGAGCAAAGGAGGUGUUGAGUGAUCAGGAGACAAGGAAAAAAUAUGAUCAGUGGAAGAAUUCUGGGAUCGCAAUGUCCUAUGACCAGUGGUGUGGUUUACGGGAUUCUGUCCAGACGUCCAUGCACUGGGCAUCGGUUAAACCUCAACCCAUGUUGGACCACCCUGAUCACAAGAGAAAUGAACCAAGCCACCGGCCAGUCACGCAUGUUAAUCCUGCCACAAACCAGUUCAGUAACCAAGCCAAAAGAGACCCUUCCUCAGCUCCGUGGGAGAGGGAUGCAGCUUCUGAUACUUUGUCCAAAUUUAGAAACUAUGAAAUUUGAUGACGAUCAUAGCUGUAGACAGCUGUAGUAAGGAGGAGGAUCAAGAGUUUGUGAUUACCUGGUAAUUCUUAGAGAUAAUUAUUUAAAUUCAUUUUAUGCAUGAUAUUUUAUUAUUUACCAGUAUUUCAUAAAAGGGUUUAACUUGUCUGGCAUCAUUGAAAAAGUUUUUUGAGAAUAGAAAAAAAUAUGUAUGUGUAAUGCUGUAUUUACCCUAUUUAUCAGCCAUCCCCAUAUUAGAGCUAUCUCCCUCGACGGCCCUACCUGUAUCUAGUUCGAGACCAGCUCAAGAUGCUAUGUAUUAAACAUCUCUUUGUCUGCAUCAUAAUCUAUAGUUAUCUCCCCUUUAUCCAGUCAUUUUAUAACAUGGCUGAUUCAAAGUGUCCUUUAUUUCCCCAAAGUUUCCUGGUGAUACUGAUAACAUCACAGUAUCAGUCUCACCCAAGCUACCACUUUAAAAUCUUCUGUAUAACUUGUGAAGUGGCUAUUGACCAUUACAAUAUGUAUGUGUGGUGCCUAUAAAAUUGUCAUGAAAAUUGGUAAAAAUUCAUUAAAAAUAAAUGUUUAGGUCAUGGGUGUUAAUGAUAGUGAAUGUGAUAAUACAAUCCAAUGAUGAUUUGAAGUACAGUAUUGGUAAUGUCAUUUAAAAGCUGGAAUGAGGAAGUGCUGUGCUGGAAAGACAAAGGAUCAUCCAGUAAGUUGGGAAGGAUUUUUUCUUAACAAAAUGAAUAAACUGUUUACCAUUUUCAAUAAAAAAAAUGUCAAUAGUUAAAUUUCAAUAUUUUAAUACACUUACUCGUGAGAAUUCAAUGCUGCCAUCUUGUUUAAAUUGUUUUAAAAUUUAAAAUUUAAACAUACAGUUGAAGAAAGUCUGUGUCAUUUUUGGUGCACAUUGAUUCUCAUAUCAUCAUUUGUAGACCAGUCAGAAGUAAGACACUUUUGAGGAAAAAAUAAUCACUUGUUGCCAAAAACUGAACAGAUCAGCAACAGUUUAUUGGCAGGUGCAUGUUAACAAAUUUAACAGAAUAUACUUUCAGGAUAACACAAAAAAUAUUAUUGUGUGUUUUUGUUUGAAUUUUUGUUCAGUACUGUAUUUUAAAAUGUGUUAUAUGCAUAAGUGCACAUUUAUAAAUGAAUACUUUUAAAAAUAAUUUUUCAUUCCAGUAUCUAUAUCUGAUGUAGCAAGUUUGCUCGAUCAGAAUUUCUUUAUCAAGCAUUCCAUUUGAAAAGUUUUUUGUAUUACGUGUCCAUUGUAGUAAUUUAUGUACUGGUACAUGAUUACUUACAGUAACUUGUAUCUGUGUUACAGUAAUUUGUGUCUGUGUUACAGUAACUUGUGUCUGUGUUACAGUAAUUUGUAUCUGUGUUACAGUAACUUGUAUCUGUGUUACAGUAACUUGUGUCUGUGUUACAGUAACUUGUAUCUGUGUUACAGUAACUU